AUGGACUGUCCCAAUUUGCCUGCCAUGAGGCAGGCAUUCCGCGAAAUGAUAUUGGACCACGGCCAUACCCACGACCAUCACCAAGAGGGAGACACUAGUUCUGACCACAUGGCUGAGCUACCUCUCAAGACAGUCGAAGAACGCACCGCCGCUCGCUUAGAUGGCUUCUUUUCCGAAGAGGAUGGCGCACUGCUCGACCAGUUCUACUACGCGAGAAAGUGGGCCCACAUCCUCGACCUCAAUCGUGCUUACUUGCGCGGAGAGAAUGAGAUCACGCUGCACUGCAUGGCCCCAAUCCAGAGCGAGACGAUCCCUCUCGUUCCAGGACUACUCGCCCUCCACGAUUACGGCAUCUACACCUACAUGUCCCAGCCCGCCUGCACCAAGGGCCCGAUCGAUGAGACCGGCACCUGUGGUCAGAAGCUGCCGUGGUGGCAGGUGCAGCAGCGAGCGUAUCUCACCUUCGUCCUACCCAGAGGCAUAUGCCGGUGCGAGGACAUACCUGCUUGGCUCAUCGUCAAGUUCCUCGACACACUCAUGGCGGACGACCGCAUCUACACUUCUAUCAUCUCUCAUGAUGGUACGUGCUCCACCAAGCUGUGUGCUCGGAACUUCGAGCACCGGGACAACUUCCCCGAGGAGUGGUCUACCAACAUCUGGAAGGAGGCCGAGCCAAGCGAUCUUCUCUUGACUGCCCCUGGCAGGCACGACAAGCUCUUCGACUUCGAUUGCCCCUGCAAGCUGAGGCGGCUCAAGAACAAGAGCGACCUGAUGGAUCACAUGAGCCCUUACAUGGUUCAUGUCAUGGCCAGAUCUUGGGACGAGAUGGACAUCCAGGACAUUGUCAAGGCUGCUGCGGAGAAAGCUGGUCUCGAGCCGAUCUACGCCCUAGCCAAGGAGGAGAAUUUGGAGACGGAGACUUCGGUUAAGGACGAUGAGGACGAUGAGGACGAUGAGGAUGAUGAGGACGUGCCGGAGCUUGCGGACGGUGAGGAUACGAACAAGAAGGGAGGCUCGGUGGAAGCACCGGAGAGUGCCACUGGGCGGCCUUACUUUCAAUACCACAACUUCACAUAA